UCGAGGGACAUUGUCCCAUCCACUCGUCGCCGCCGUCACAUCUCCCACCUCGGGAUCCAUCCCCAUCCAAUCAUUGUGUGUGUCCCCGAUCCAAAUCCUCUCGAUCUCUCCCACCAACCAGCGCCUUCCCUGAUUCCCUCGUCCACCUCCUGCAGCCCGAGCACUGGCCGGCCAUCGUAGCUCCUCCACGGCCUCCUUCCUCGUCGGCCGACAUAGCUUUGUGCGCCUCUGCGUCGAGGUCCUCCUCAUCCCCAAGCCUCAUGCCGCAGCCUCCUUCUCCUCGUGCCCACAUCCCACCGAGUUCCUAUGCUCAUGCACCAACGCCCGAGCUCUUUGCUUCUCGUCAAGCCAUCCACCGUCACAGGCGUCAUCGGCGACCAGAAGCCUCCUCGUCGCCCCUCGAGCGGGAGUGCAACUCCAGCGCCCAUGGCCUCUGCCGCGCCGGAGCUUUGCUGCCACAGGCGACAGCAACAACAACUCUCGUGCGUGUGUCCACUGAACCCCGUCGCCCUCCAUCUACAUCGCCGGCGACCACCUGCAGGAGCCCCGAGGAGUUUUGCGCCGGCCAUCCUCGUCCUCCGCGCCUACAUCAGCUCCAGGACAGGAUCCCCUCGAUCCCGUGCUCUUCGUUGACCGCAGCUCCGGAUCAGAUCGACCUCACCUUUCCUGUACCUCCUCCGCCCGGAUUCGCGCCGAUCCGCGCCUCCCUCCGUCCCCUGCAUUGCCUCGUCGCCGGAGUAGAAGCUCCGUUCGCCAAGCGUCGCGCCCCUGCUUCGUCUCGCUGCGAUAGGAGCAGCAAGUCAGCGCCCAGCCGCCCCAAAGCGAGGACAGCGACAAGUCCUCCUUCUCCCGUUGACCGCUGCACGAGGCCCAGCUGCCCGGCCUCCUCCUGCAGUUGGGCCUAGGCCCAAUGUGAGCACACCCCUGGCGCCCCACCCCUUUUUUUCCUGUUGUUGGGCCAGCAGAUCCGCCCAAGUAUUUUUUUUAGGCUCUGCGAAUUUAGCUAAUUUCCAGAAAACUGCUGUUUUACAGAAAAUCCCUUGUAGAUCAUGCAUAUAAUAACUUAAUAACUGUGCAUCGGUUUAA